UCCAAGCAAGUUGCUUGUUUUGCCCUUUUACCACCACAAUUUAUUGCUGUGCCUUUUGUCUUAUUUGCUAUUAGGAUAUGGCAGAAAAUUUAUGUAAGAGAAAGAGAGAGAUGGAGAAGACAAAAAGCAACAGAAAACCUCAGAAAUUCAUUGUCAAUCUCAAGGACCUUCCUCCUAUCGAUCCUUCACUCAUCACCCCACUCUGUCAGGACAAGUAUGAGAACCCCAGUUCCAGAAAUGACCAUAACGUAGCAAGGCGAAGCCCCAAAGAAGGAACGAAUCUGGUAGGAUUUGAUGAGGGUCUCAGAAUAGCAGAUAUUGCUGACAGAAAUCUAGGACAGGAUAUGAAGGUUGAGGAAAGUGUUUGUUUAUCUUCAACCAAGUUAAUAGACUCCAACAACGCCAAAGGCUUCAACUUCAACAGGGAGAAUGAGAAUUGCCAUAAUAACUUGGCUAUUCAAGAUGCUCCUAAAAGGGUAUCAGCUAAAUCAGAGUUGCAUGAGAUAUGUGCUACAAACAAUUGGAAAUUACCGUUGUAUGAAUGCUGCAAGGAGGAAGGCCUUUCCCACAUGAAAUUAUUCACCUUUAAGGUUGUUGUUGAGAUGCAGAAAACAUCGACUACAAUUUUGGAGUGCUUUAGUGAUCCUCAGCCCAAGAAGAAAAUGGCAGCAGAGCAUGCAGCUGAAGGGGCAUUGUGGUACUUGAGGCAUCUAGGGUAUUUUUCGCCCAACAAGUCAAAAGCCUGCUGACUGAUAGGAUCAGGAAACUCACAUGAUUAGUUGUUUCUUUUCUUUCUAACAGAAGGUAACAGGAAAUUUUCAAGUUGUACCUAUUGCUGAUGAUCUAAAUAUCUUGUUAUAUCUUCAUUUUUAAUAACAAUAUUGCUUAAAGCAUUGUAAAAUAUAUGUAAAUGAUUAUAAAUCUUUCAUGUAAACACACAAUAAGGAAAUGAAAGAUCCAAGAAGCCUUCAUGAUUCUUGAAAAGCAUAAA